CUGAGCGCCAGGAAGGGUGAGCUGCCAUAUGAUCGGGUGUUUUUAACCUAAGUCGGGACCUUCAGGGCGAUACGGCUCUUUGCUCUGUGCUCACACCUCUGCUCUGUAGAUAAGACUUAUCUGUCCCUGUGUUGUAAGACAGUUCUAUGCAAACAUCUGGAGAUUUUUGAUCCAGCACAGCAAGAGCAGCAGGACAGAAUGGCAGAAACAGAGGAGAGCGACCGAGGCACAGAGGAAAGGACGAAGCCCUACCACCAAGCUCUGCCAGCAGCACCAAAGAGUGAGCUUUACCUGGGCUGUUUGACUAAAGCACACCUGAUCAUGAUCUCUGUGGCUGUUGGACUCAUCCUGCUGAUCAUAAUCAUUACUGUCGCUGCCGUGCUCCUCACAAAGUCAGAUUCCUCUACUGCUCUUCCCUCGUUUUCUACUGGUGGAGACAUGCUGGACUUCCUGGUUCAGUCAGGUGAUAUCAGCUCCCCUGACGGCCUGAUGGCUACCUGGUACCACAGAGCUAACAGCAAGAAGGAAAUGAACGACGCCCUCACAAGUAAAGCCAUGAUCCUGGAGGCUGACAUCACUCUGGAGGGUUAUGGAACAGCCGAUGAGAAUCCAAUCCCCAUCAUGGCCCACCCCCCUAACAUCUAUAGUGACAACACUCUGGACCAAUGGAUGGAUGAGGUGCUGGCCUCUAGAAAAGGUAUCAAGUUGGAUUUUAAGACUCUGGGGUCAGUGGGUUUGUCAUUGGACCUGCUCAGUCAGAAGUCAAAGAACAGUAGCAGAGGAAUAAACAGGCCCGUAUGGAUUAAUGCAGACAUCCUCCAGGGUCCCAACUGUCCAGACUUCCUGCCUCCAGUCAAUGGGACCAGUUUUCUGCAGUUGGUUCAGGAAAAGUUUCCGAAUGUGACGUUGUCUCCUGGAUGGAAGGUAGCCUGUGGACUUUCAAUUUUUGACGGGACCUACACUAGGGCAAUGGUGGAGGAAAUGUACGAUAUGAUCAAAGAUGUCCCCCAGAAGGUGACCUUCCCUGUCCAUGCUCUGUUGGUUCGAAGUGGCUGGCAGCACAUCAGCUGGCUUCUCAGCCAGUCGUCACGCUUCAGUCUGACGCUGUGGCAGGGCUCCAUCCAGCCAAACAUCAGUGAUCUGCUGUUCAUCCGGGAGAACAGCCACCCUGCCAGGGUCUACCACGACAUCUACGAACCAACUCUGUCUAACUUCAAACAGGCUGCAAGGCAGCAGGGACUUCUGAGGAGAUUCUACCCUGGAGGAGACCUGAUGGACUUCCUGUAUCCAAACCACAACUCCAACUCUGGGUUCCUGUCCAAGGUCCCACGGCGCAGCAGCCUGGACGUCCGCUGGGUCAGAGUCACUGACCGGACCUCCCUGCUGGAAACACUUUCAGGUGUUGAUGGGGGCAUGUUGGUGGUUCAGGUGGUGUCUGACAGUAAUCAACCUGGAGUCCCUCUGGUGGAAGGUUCACAAAAUAGCUCAGAAGCCCUCACACUGGAGGAGCUCCUGGAGCUGCUGGGCCAGAGAGCUGAGGCACCCUGGGGUGUUUACCUGCGAAUCCACUCUCAGCAGCUUCUAGAGGCUUCUCUCACACUGCUGCACUCAGCCUACAGCGAGGAGAAGCUCUACAGGCCAGUGUGGAUCAGCAGGGAGGGCUCCCACAGCCUAGACAACAACCAGCUGUUUGUAUCCACAGUAGAGAGGCUGUUCCCGUACGUCACGCUGGUCCUGAAGCAGCAGAACCCGCCUGCUGUAUCUCAGAGGGUGGCUCUGAAUGUGAACACAACACUUAAAGGGGUGUUCCUGUUAUUGAAUUCAUGUAUCUAUACUGUGUCAGAUGUGAGGGGGGGAAUAUUGUAAAAAAUAAAAUAAAUGUAAGAAUGUCACUCAUACAUCUUUCAUACCUAGUCAUUUGCAAAAGCAUGUUGUAUGGAUAUCAUGGUUAUGCUUGAGGAAAGGUCGGAGGACAUUUUCUGAUUGACCAUGGAUGUGAAUGAAGAUAUUUUUUGUGCAGUUGGAUUCCCCAUUAUAGGUUCAUGAUAAACUGUUAAAUACCUUGGCCGCGGUGGAAUUGUCUGUAUAUCUUAGGAAGGUUCCUAACAAAGUGAAAUGACCUGUAAGUACCUCAAUUGCAGCCAUGAUAAGAGCUGUUUGAAUUCUCUAUGAUAGGAAAGGAGCUUGGAAACGUCCUUUAUAACCUCCUUUAUCUUAGGAAACACUGGACCUUCCUUUAUGAAAGGAAAGGAGAAAAUGCUGUCCCACAAUGAAUUGGUCGCAACUUUUACUUUGACAGAACAUUCGGCCGUUCACAGAAACAGUCGAUUCUGACAAGAUAUGCGUCUCAUGAAUGUUACGGUGCUUACAGUAAUAAGCAUCUUGAAACGUAUGCCUUAACUUGCUAAAGUGCUUUGUUUUUAACAAUCAGCACUAUAUUACUCAAAAGGGGAAAUAUGAACGUUACUUUUUUACUGAAGUGAUCAAAUAAAGUCCACAUUUCAGUGUUUUCACUUUCUUUUUUGUACAAUUCCAACCUGAUGAAAAAGAUUACAGUACAGUACUACAUUAUAACAUAUCAGCAUAUCAUAUGUUAUAUAUGAACAACAUAUCUAACUCUGAGUGUUAUUAUUCACCUCCGAGUGGAGUAGAAGUAAAAAGUAACAGUAAAGGUCUCCUAUUAUGGUCUUUUACGGCAUAUAUUAUAGGUCUCAAAUACAUUUUUUUGUCUCUGAAGUGUUUUGCUCAAAAUACAAAACAGAUCAUGCAUUUUAGCAUGUCCGCUAUUCCUCUGUUUCAGCCCGGUUUUCGAAAGUGCUGACAGUCCCUUUCAUACAAAUGAGCUGCUGCUGGCCACUCCCCUUUGCAGUGUCAUGAUCUCUCUGUCUGAAGAGAGAAGUUUCUAACUGGGAAAGUCAGCUAAACGCUGUCAUAUUAUGUUCCAAACCACAUCCAGCAUUAUUUCUGAAACACUUCUCAGUGUUUACCACUAGAACAGAGACAUUAUAUGUAUUAUACAGUGGUAUGCAAAAGUUUGGGCACCCCUUAGGAAAACCACUGCAUCAGUUUGUCACUUGCUGAGCUUUUGAAGCAGCAACUUCAUUUUAACAUAUGUUAUACCUUAUGGUAACAGAAACAUCUCAGUAGUGAAAUAACUUUUAUUGGUCAAACAGAAACAUGUUUAUGUGCAUUCAAACACAAAUAGGCAUGUGCAUAAAUUUGGGCACCCCUAAGAAAUAAUUCCAUUAAUAUUUAGUAUUGCCUCCUUUUGCUGCAAUAACGGCCUGUAGACGCCUCCUGUAGCCACAGACAAGUCCCUUAAGCCUGGCAGGUGGUAUUUUGGCCCAUUCUUCCACACAAAACGUCUCCAGUUCAGUCAGGUUUCUUGGCCUCCGUGCAUGGACAGCCUUCUUCAAAUAAAUCCAUACAUUUUCAAUGAUGUUAAGGUCUGGGGACUGGGAUGGCCAUUCCAGAACAUUGUACCUGUGCUUCUGCAUGAAUUCCUUGGUGGAUUUUGAUCGGUGCUUAGGAUCAUUGUCCUGCUGAAAAAUCCAACCCCGGCGUAGCUUCAACUUUGUGACUGACUCUAGAACAUUCUUGUCAAGAAUCUCCUGGUACUGUAAGGAAUUCAUGUGGCCCUCAACUUUAACAAGUUUUCCAGUACCUGUGCUAGCCACACAGCCCCAUAACAUGAUAGAUCCUCCACCAAAUUUUACA